AAAUUUAGUAAAAAAAGAAUCCAUAAACAUUUUUAAACGAGCGCAUCGUAUAUUUUUUUUCAAACAAAAUUGUAUGCCAAAGAAAGAGUAUUCGGCUAUAUAGCCACAUAAGAAGGGGAGAAUAUCAUCGGUGCUGCAUUCCGACAAUCGAGUUUAUUUAAAAAGGUCUUCUAUCCUAACCCCAACCCCCUGUCUUCCCCCACAAAGGAUAUUCCGAUUAUGACAUUGACAAUUAAUAACAAGGAUAUCGAAAAGGUGGCAGAACACAAAAAUAAUGUUUCUAGAUCGAGGACAGGUAGUAGUUUGACCGAAUUAAAAUUUGGGAACAAAUUCAUGCUUAGCGAUAAUAAAUCCUGGAGUGAGGAAAAAAAAGAUCCUAUAGGACUGAUCGCUAGACGAUUCUCAAAAAGUGGCGCCUCUAAUAGGUCCAAAACGUCGAAGGAAACGGAUAAGUUGGACGAAGGUUCCAUGGAAGAUGAUAAUAAGACCGACGAAUAUGGCACUUAUAAUAAUUGGUGGAAAAGACCGGCUGGCAAAGUCUUCAAUUUCAGUCAUCCCCACUCGUCAGGUUCCUGCAAAAGACAUUUCAAUGCUAACCCAAAACCUAGCGUCAAGGAAGAGGCACCCACAGCUAUCAUAUACAAACCUAUAGGACUUAACGUGGGGUAUUACGGUAAAUACCCUAAUCAAAAUGAAAGAUUAUCCAUAAAAUUUUCAUCAUUAAAUAAAAACAGUCACUUUUGGGACCGGAAACGGAAUAAAAAGCCUACCGGUUAUAUCUCUAAUAUUUUAUCCAAAGCUCAAUCCAAUAUUUACAACUUUUUGGAAAGACCUACAGGAUGGUUCUGUUUCGUAUACCAUUUCUCAGUAUUCGUUAUCGUCCUUAUAUGCCUCAUAUUUAGCGUUUUGUCCACUAUAGAUCAAUACGCAGGAUUCGCCAAUGAAACGUUGUAUUGGAUGGAAAUCUUUUUGGUCGUAUUUUUCGGGUUUGAAUAUGCUAUCAGGUUAUGGUCCUCGGGUUGUAGGAGUAAAUAUAUGGGACUAAAAGGACGGUUCAGAUUUGCCAGAAAACCCAUUUCCAUCAUCGAUUUGAUAGUUGUAAUCGCUUCAAGCAUAGUUUUAACGGUAGGAUCUCAGGGCCAAAUUUUUGCAACUUCAGCCAUCAGGGGAAUCAGAUUUUUACAAAUCCUAAGAAUUUUACACGUAGAUAGACAAGGUGGAACAUGGAGAUUGUUGGGCUCGGUGGUCUUUGUUCAUAGACAGGAAUUGAUAACUACCAUGUACAUUGGAUUUUUGGGACUUAUAUUUUCUUCUUAUUUCGUUUACUUGGCCGAAAGGGAUUCAAUUGGGCCAGACGGAAAGCGAACAGAUUUCAAAAGCUAUGCUGACGCUUUGUGGUGGGGAGUGGUUACUGUAACCACAAUAGGUUACGGAGACACUGUUCCACAAACAUGGUUGGGCAAAAUAGUGGCAUCUUGCUUCGCCGUUUUUGCAAUAUCCUUUUUCGCCUUACCCGCUGGUAUUUUAGGAUCUGGGUUCGCCCUUAAGGUUCAACAAAAAACGCGGCAGAAACACUUCAACCGACAAAUCCCAGCUGCUGCAUCUUUGAUACAAUGCUUGUGGCGAUGUUAUGCUGCGAGUGGACACUUCGAGUCUGACGUGACCUGGAAGAUAUAUAUGAGGCCAAAAAAUGUGAAAAAAAAAUUCUCAGUUACCCCGAGUUCCACACUAAAUAGAAUGGCUAAGAGGGCGAGCUUGCUCAAGAAGAGAGCUAAACCCACGCUAGAUAUGCUAAUUCCAACACUUUCUCACCUUAACAUGCCCCCCUCUUCCCUUUUCUCUUCCAAUUCUAACACUUUAUCGCCUAACUAUUAUAUUAACAAUAUUAAUGGAGAUACUAACAUAGUUUUAGUAGCAACUAGAGAACCUUCUAGGUCAAGACUAUCUUCCAACAUAGACAUCAUCCAAGAAGAAACUAACGAAAGUCCUAACAAAGAGAAUAAUAGACGUGGCUCAGAUAUGACCAAUUUUGACAACGAAGAUAUAUCUAAGAGAGAUAACUCGAAUAUCAUGCAAUUAGACAAAUUACCAAUUUUAGACAAAAGAUCUAGUAGCUGCACAUCUCGGUAUAACCAUAGUCGACUUCCCAGCUUCGCUUCCACAGUGCUAGUUCCGGGCGAAGCCUCUAGAAGUCUCAACAGUUUUAAUAGCAGUCAUUACCUCAAGAGAACUCCACCUUCCUCCUUUUGUUCCGUCAAUCGCAAUUUAUUUCUUUUCGGUAACAGCGAGCAUUAUAGCCUAGGCUCUACAACUAAUACCAAUCCAUAUGAAACCAAUGACGAAGGCGAUGGGGAUGAUGAUGUAAUAUCUUCCAAUCUGACCACUUUAAAACCUGUCCACAAGAACUGUAUCCGCUUUAUUAGGAAAGUCAAAUACUUUUUGGCCCGUAGAUAUUUUCAGCAAGCACGAAAACCUUAUGAUGUUCGAGAUGUAAUAGAACAAUACUCCCAGGGGCAUUUAAAUAUGAUGGUUCGCAUUAAAGAACUUCAAAGAAGAUUGGACCAAACACUAGGAAAACCAGGGGCUUAUGGAAUAACCACUAAAAAUAAUGAAAAGGUAAAAGUGUCCAAUUUGACUAUUGGUUAUAGGUUAGCCAGACUUGAGUUACAAGUUUCAAGUAUUGAAAAAAAUAUUGACCAAAUAUCGGUAGGCGUAGAAAAAAUACUCGAAAAACUUUGAAUACAAGCUGGAAAAAUAUGUAAUUUGAUGUAUUACUACUUGUUCACGAGAAAAAAAAUUGUGUAGCCCUUAUCAAGUGUGAGAUUCCCUUAUCAUCUAAAAUGAUAGCAAAAUGUUUCAG